AUGGCUUUAUUCAUCGGACUUGUGGUUUUCCAAGCCUGGAUUUCGAUGGCUGCACCAUAUGCUGCAGAUCAGAAUCGAGCUCUUGAUUUCGACGAGGAUGUAUCAUCUAUAAUCACACCUUCACCAAUACUGACAGGGCAGCCCUCACCACCAUUUGUUCCAACACCAUUGGCUUUGAAGAUCGGAGGUAUUCAUACGCUACCCCAGGGAGAGAAUCCCUUUGGACGGCCCAUUAACGCAGAAGGGCGAGGUGCUGAGCGACGGGACGUUCUAAUUACUGCAAUCACAAACACACCUACAGAAAAAUCUCAUUUUCAAGGCCCAAAACCAACUCCAUUUCUUCGACACAUUGAAUUGAGAGCUACGCCACCUCCACCUCCACAUCCACUGUCUAUACCUGUUGCAGACGCGCAUCCAUUAGUGCCAAUAGGUCAACCCGUUCAGCCCAGAGACGCUCCUUUCACGCCUCCGCCUCCAGCAAUCACCAAUGCUGGCGUACACUUUCUUGAACCUCCUGGUAUCCCCAUAGCUGAUCAGGAUCAGCUUCAAGAACGAAACACUCCUGCCGUAGCCCCGGGUGCUAAACCGAAGAUGCCCGCCACAAAGCCCGCCAAAGCUCCGGCUGUACCAGUGGCACCAGGGCAGCCUCCUGAUGGCUUCGUUCCUCCCCCACCUCACAUUGUAAAUGCUGGUGUACACACACUCGGGCCCAUAGCGAAGCGACAGCCCAACUCAACCGGAUCACUCAUACCACAGGGUCGUCCAACAUUCACAACACUCUGGGCUCAAGGUACAGCUAUUGCCAUCACCGAGCAGCGUCAGUCUGUCACAACUUUUGCUGCAAAUGUGUCUUGCGAGCCGACAGCAUCUGCCUCCACGGGUCCAUUCAACAGCGUCAAUGGCUCUCAACCUUCAUGUACAACGUCAUUUAUUCCUGUUGUGACGUCCAUCUGUGCUACAGCUGUGACACCUUUGGCUGCUCCUCCCAUUGCGAUCACGGAUUGCGAUCAAUACGUUACCUAUAGUUCGCAAUAUGGGUAUGCACAAUUGGACGUGAAUGCAACCGCCGCUCCGACAGGAGUGCCGCGCUGGAGACAAGCGAUUCAGACAGUCACCACCUACUACGCAGCCGUCUGGACAGAUGUAAACCCUGGCGUGAAACCGACACAAGGUAUUGUUGUCAAAUGUGACGAGCAGCGUGGGUGCUCAACAUCGACAUACCAUCCAGCUACAUCAUUUCCGUCAUGGUCACCUAUCGAGACGUGGAGCAGUAGCGCUACCGUAGAGACAACGACUGAACCAACAGUAUCGUCGACGUUUACCGAAACCUUGACGACGGCACCUACUCCGGCGACGUCAGCAGCAUGA